UCAUUGACAUUUGAUCAUUACUGUGCUUUCUUGCAGCCUGCGAACUUAUGAAUCAAGGCAUCUUGGCCCUGGUCAGCUCCAUUGGCUGCACAUCUGCGGGGUCCCUCCAGUCUUUGGCAGAUGCCAUGCAUAUCCCCCACCUCUUCAUCCAGCGUGCAACAGCUGGGACCCCAAGGAGUGGCUGUGGACUCACCCGGAGCAACAGAAACGAUGACUACACACUCUCUGUUCGCCCACCUGUCUACUUAAAUGAGGUUAUCCUGAGAGUGAUCACAGAGUAUGCCUGGCAGAAAUUCAUUAUAUUCUAUGAUAGUGAAUAUGAUAUCCGUGGGAUACAGGAGUUUUUGGACAAAGUGUCUCAGCAGGGGAUGGAUGUCGCACUUCAGAAAGUAGAAAACAACAUCAAUAAAAUGAUCACCACUCUCUUUGACACCAUGAGAAUAGAGGAAUUGAAUCGCUAUCGAGACACUCUUAGGAGAGCCAUCCUUGUUAUGAAUCCUGCCACGGCCAAAUCCUUCAUUACUGAGGUUGUGGAGACUAAUUUGGUUGCUUUUGAUUGUCACUGGAUCAUUAUAAAUGAGGAAAUAAAUGAUGUGGAUGUACAGGAACUUGUAAGAAGGUCAAUUGGAAGGUUAACUAUCAUUCGACAGACAUUUCCAGUUCCCCAGAAUAUAAGUCAGCGAUGUUUCCGUGGCAACCAUCGAAUAUCUUCAACACUGUGUGAUCCAAAGGAUCCUUUUGCUCAGAAUAUGGAGAUUUCAAACCUUUACAUAUAUGACACGGUGCUUCUGCUUGCUAAUGCUUUUCAUAAGAAACUGGAGGACCGGAAGUGGCACAGCAUGGCAAGUUUGUCCUGUAUCAGAAAGAACUCCAAGCCCUGGCAGGGCGGGCGUUCCAUGCUGGAGACCAUCAAGAAGGGUGGAGUUAGUGGGUUGACUGGAGAGCUAGAAUUUGGAGAAAAUGGAGGCAACCCCAAUGUACACUUUGAAAUUCUUGGAACCAACUACGGAGAAGAGCUUGGCCGAGGCAUUCGCAAA